CCGCGGUAAGAUACUCCGUCAUCCAACCCCCGACACCCGUGGGCCUAGCCGUAUUAAUUCCCCGGUGCCGUCUCGUCGUCUCGGCCCACACAGCUAGCCGCGUACUCCCGUCGUCUCGACGCUACCGCCUCGCAGUCGCAGCCACCCACCCGCUCCUCCCCGAUUUCCGCUAGGCCGCCGCCGUCGACGCACCCAGCCGCGCCGUUCGCUUCAGCAUGGCCGCCGCGUCGUCCGCCACCUCCGUCCAUGAUUUCACCGUCAAGGAUGCAAGUGGGAAAGAUGUUGACCUCAGCACCUACAAGGGGAAGGUUCUUCUCAUCGUCAACGUUGCAUCCCAGUGUGGCUUAACUAACUCCAACUACACUGAGCUGGCCCAGCUCUAUGAGAAGUACAAGGACCAAGGCUUUGAGAUCCUGGCUUUCCCAUGCAACCAGUUUGGUGGGCAGGAGCCUGGCACAAAUGAGGAGAUUGUCCAGUUUGCCUGCACCCGCUUCAAGGCCGAGUACCCCAUCUUUGACAAGGUUGAUGUCAAUGGUAACAAUGCUGCGCCCAUCUACAAGUUCCUGAAGUCUAGCAAAGGUGGCCUUUUUGGUGACAGCAUCAAGUGGAACUUCUCUAAGUUCUUGGUGGACAAGGAGGGGCGUGUUGUGGACCGUUACGCUCCGACCACUUCCCCUCUGAGCAUUGAGAAGGAUAUCAAGAAGCUGCUUGGGAGCUCUUAAACCAUUUGGCUGGAACCUGUAGAAAAAUCUGUAAUCUUGCAUUGCACUGAACGCUAAAAACUACAAUAAUGUUGUGUUAAUAAAUUAGUGCUCCAGAUUUCAGAGGUGGUAGUUCUUGCUGUAUUUCGCAUGCAUAUGCUAUGUACUUGUAUAUUCCAUUCGAAGGAAUCCUCAGUUCACUAUGCCUUCAGUGGAUGCCGUUUUGAGGCGCAUUGAACUAAUAUGCUCUGCUUAAUGACAUAAUGGCAGUCUACAGUUUAUA